AUGUCGGGCGAACCACUCACCAAGGUCGACUCCGCCGUCCAAGGCCUCGAAGCCACAUCACCUCCAAAGGAGGGCCACAUCCACAAGCACCGACGAGCCAGCUCGAGUGCCAAUGGCGUCAUGAACAUCAAUGACCUGGAGACCCAAGGAAUUGACCUCCAAAUUGCCAAGGAGACGCAGAUGUUGGGGUGGAAGGUCAACACCUCACCUACGUCGAUAGACGACAAGGAGUACCUCAAGGUCAUGCUCACAACACCGCCAGUCAAGAAGAUUGACCUCUACUUCAAGACAGGGCUGCACGUAACAGCACGGAACCUCAAGGGCGUAACCAUCAGGGACGCCAUGGAUGCCAUCCACAAGUCGUUCAAGAAGAAGCCGGAUGACGAGCUACCCGAACCAUACCUUAGGGGCUUCGAGUGGGACAAGGAGGAGUCGUGGACAUCACUCAUUGUGCACUUGGCAACCAACCCCGGCACCAUGAAGCCCGCCGGCGGCUCCUCCAAGAAGAAGAAGAAGGCUGCCGCCGCCGAGGAAGAGGCCGCUUAA